UUUGGUGCUGACAUUGGUGCAUAUGCAGAACAGCGUGAAGACCUCAGUGCUGACAUCGGCACACGCGCAGAACAGCGUGGAGACUUCGGUGCGGACUUUGCUGCAUGCGCAGAACAGCGUGGAGACUUUGGUGCAUGUGCAGAACAGUGCGGAGAGUUUGUCAUGUGCAGAACGAAUCAUGCGAACAAAGCUGCCACUUGACACUAAGGAUUUGUUGUUUAGAAUAAAGGGUGGAAUUGAGUUGGAAGGAGUCAUUAACAAAACAGAUGAAGAAGGAAUUAAAGCAGGUUUUACAGAAGCUAUUAAUGAGUUGAUUGCUAAAGUAAAUUCACAGGCUUUUGGUCUAAGUGAUUUCGAUAGCCCACUGUUCAUUUGGCCUAAAACACAUACCAGCACUCGUUCUUCAAGACUGCAAGAGGAUACUCAAUGCAAAGCCAUCUUAAAAUAUGUUCUGGCUGAAGUCAGUGAGCUACUAAGAAAGGCUUCCAAAAAGAAAUUCUUAAGGGUUGUACCUCUGAAAGUCAUAAACCUAGAGAUUCACUUUGAGAUGACUAGGCCUGAACACCUCCAAAAGAUUGUUGUGCAGCACAAUAAGAUGCCAUGUAUCCACUUCAAGCUGACACUUCCAAUCGAUGUGGUAGUAUUUGUGAAUCCAGAGGAACCAUGGGGAAAGGUCCAGGAUCAGCUUGUCGAAGCAGUUACUGCACAGUUAUCUGCAAUGGACAAAUGUAUUCAGCGAUAUACAAAUGGAAAGACUGUCCCAAUGCCACAAGCAUUCCACUUUGAAUUGCCAGAGAAAACUACUCUUACGACAGUAAUAUACCCUGCUGGAAUCAGUGAUGCAAACCUGGAACAGCAACGAAAAGAGUUGCACGCUGAACUUGGCCUUGACAAUAAACCUUUUCUCCGCCGUACUAUGGCUUACCUCUUUCCAAGUGAUGAAGUGAAAUCUUUGUAUUUGAGAAAUAUACAUAAAUACAUUCCUGCUCCUGACCCUGAUGAGUUCAAGGUUUCCCUUGUGCAUGGCUUCUAUACCUUUCAUCACUGCCUACAAGACUAUGAAAAUGACAGUGACUGGGGUGGACUCUAUCGUUGUUUGCAAGUUGUCAUCUCCUGGUUUAACCUUCAGGGGUACAUUGACAAACCUGUACCUACACUUAUGGAGUUGCAAAAUAUGUUGUCGGCGAUUAGUUACAAAUUCUUCAGUCAUGUGAUAAUGAAAGAAUGGCUUGAACCUGAAGCAAUGAAUGCACUAUUAAAUAUUUUUAAUAUUUCCUGUACCACCAUGGAAGUUCAGGCUAACAAACCAAUGGAUUUUAGUAGUCAUUUUGAAGAACAAGGAACUCCAGUUGUGAUUUCAAAGUUUGUCAUCUUCUCUGAACCUGAGGCAUACAUUUUGCUCGGGUUUGCUGUGAAUGAAGACCCAAAAGCCAGCAAAGGCCUCAUCUUAAACAUAAUGUACACUGGAAUUGAUGACUUUAGCUGGAUAAUUGAAAAGGCUAUUGAGUGGAAAGGAGAAGAAUUCUGGAAAGAAUUGGACGAUUACGGCUUAUGGAUGCCUCAGAGACCAGAGGGUGUUUGAAGUUAUAUUACCUGAGUUCACAUGCUUAAAGAACUGUGCCUUGAAAGGAACUGAAUUUUCUGAUGCACAGAAGACUUACAGUCUUUGUACACUUUACUGCAAAUUUGAACAUUGGGUAUAAGUACUUCAAUA